AUGCACCAAUGCCGUUGCUGUCCACUGCCAAGACUGUUUCAUCACUUUGAAGGAAGGCACCAGGUUAGACCUCAACAAAUUUCUCUCAGAUUGCUUCACCGCUUUCAAGGACAAUCCCCAGUUACCCAGUACCAAAAUUUCUUCAGGAUUUGUUUCCUCCCUCCACUGUUGGUGUAUAGGCGGCAGUGGGUCUGGCAUGGGAAGUUGCCGGUGGUCUGAUGGGCUUACUAAGGGAGAUGGGUUGCUUGAGAGGUUUGGUUGACAGAGAUAAAUUGGGUUUUUAGGUGGCUUCGUUUUCUGCCCUUAGAUCUUUCACUUAACACGUGUCUUUCAUCCAUUUAAAAAAUUGGAGAGAACGGGAGGGGAGCCGGCCCCUAUAAAUAGCACGGUUUGAUAGAGACACAAAAUUUUGGCCGCUUACUCUCCUCUUUCUCUAUCUCUACUAUUGGUUGCUCUGCUUCUGAUCACACAAGACAAUCUAAGGGUAACAGAAUCAGAUACGAUAGGAUUUGAACCUAUGACUUUCGCUCUAUGGAUUCCUUUUUAUCAUCGUACCAAUACAGCAAUGAUUUCUAUUUAGUUUAGACCACCAUUCAAUUCCAAUGGCAUCUGGACCUUCCAAGGACACUAAUGCUGCCCCCAGGAAGAUGAGAUUUGCACCAAAAGCACCCCCUCGUCGAGUGCCAAAGCCUGAAGUCAAAACGUAUGAAGUGGUGGAGGAUGUGGAUGCUAACCAGGCUAGGGAGUUACUACGACGUUUCAAUGAUGGUUCCAUAAGGGCAAAACCUAAGAUUGAAAAGAAAGAGGCACCGGUACAAGUUGCAUUCGGUGUUGGAGGCGCAUCUCCUUCUCUAAGGUAUGGUGUUCCUAGGGCCGGGAAUGUUAACGACAGCAAUCAAGGAUCAGCCUCAAAGAGUAGUGCAUUUGCUUCAGGCCUGAGAGAGAAAGAAUAUCAAGAACCAUGGGACUACUACAGUUAUUAUCCUGUAACUCUUCCUGUGAGGAGGCCAUAUUCGGGAAAUCCAGAAAUUCUUAAUGAGGAGGAAUUUGUGCGGGAUUCAGAAACCGUAGCUUAUGAUGAAAAUUCAGCAAAUCCAGCAGUAGAGCUUGGUCUAAUGGAGGAGAAUCAGGAAGCAAGCAUGUUCUUUCUUCAAUUACCACCAACUAUGCCUAUGAUAAAGCGGUCAGUGACUUCAGAUGACCGGGGGGUAACUGACAGCGUGAGGCGUCCUGGGGGUGCACAUACUGUCAAGAAGACCUGUGCUUGGGAUGAGUUACCAGCAGGCUUCAUGGGUAAAAUGCUAGUAUACAGGAGUGGUGCUAUUAAGCUGAAGCUUGGUGAAAGCCUUUAUGAUGUUUCUCCGGGUCUAGAUUGUGUGUUUGCUCAGGAUGUUGUAGCAAUCAAUACUGCAGAGAAGCAUUGUUGCGUAGUUGGGGAGCUCAAUAAGCGUGCCUCUAUAACCCCUGAUGUGGACUCUGUUGUGAAUAGUAUGGCUCAGGCUGAUUUAUGAUAGUUCUUGCCCGUGGGCAAAAUAUAUUUUGGUUUUUAUACUUCAAUUCUGAAACCAUCAGUCCAAAAACGCACUGAUAAAAUUUUGUUUUAGUUCACAUUUAACCAUUUUUUUGUUCCAUCACAAAAUGUCAAAGGAUAAGAUGGCAAGUUGCUAAAGAAAACUACGGAUUACUCUUUGGAGGAAAAAUAUAGGAAACUAGUUGAAUAUCCUUUUGCUUGUGAUUCUAGCAUGAUUAUUUACAGAUAAUAUCAGAAUCUUUUCAAA